AUGUGGAGUCAAUUGUGUCUUGUUCCUUUUACCCAACCACCCAUCCAGAGAUCAAUGCCGCAAUUCAACACACAGGAUGUCGAAAGCCUCGAGGCUGAUGGGUACGAGCGUGUGGAUUGCAUUGGGGCUUUAACUCAUAGUAGUGGAGACCUAGAAUUGGCCAGACAGUACUUAUCCCAUUCGUUGCAGCCUCACAUACAUCCUUUCUCUACCGGACAGCGGGAGGCGACCACCUCGGCGAUAGACUCAGCUAAUACUUUCAAUGAUUAUUCUGCAAGGCCGGUUAUUCGGUCAAGAGUGGAUACAGUUUCAUCGGAUCCUUCGUGGGUGUCAGACCAGGAAUCCAUACUGAACGAAGUCAAUUCGCAGAGACACAUGAGAACCGAAUUGAGUCAGGUCACAGGGCCUUAUGAGUCUGAUUUCGUGGAAGAUCUGGACCAACAAGGCAUAUGGGAUAACAUUUCUUACGAGCCCAAUGUGUUUCGCGAUGUCCGCAGGUACAGAAAACAGCCGAACCAACCGGUGGUAUUGCUGCCCACCAGCGACGAAAAGCCCGAGGAUUAUCUAGCAGGUUUGUUCAUGAUUCUGGGAGGAGUUCCGGCCUUCUCGAACACGCUAUUGAAUCACGAUUUUGGAGAAUACAAAUUUGAUUCGGAGUGGUGGACUGAAGAAGCGAGUCAGGACUCCCAAGGAACGCUGGCCGUUCAGGUGCAAAAGUAUCUUGCCGCUUUGUUACACGGAGAUAGGUCUUUUAUCUCCAUCAGCGGGUUGACUGGUAGCUUGACUCCAGAGGUUUCGGAGCUGAUAGAUGACGACGAGAAUCUAGACGAUAUUUUACCAGCCACUUAUUUGUCCCUCAGUGCCCAGUUUGGUGCUUUUGAAAAUGCUCAAGCAAUUGAAGAAUUAUUCAAGCCUACUCUUCUGCUUAUUCAAAAUGAGCAGGGUGAAACCGAGGCUGAGGGAGCAGAGAGAGCGGGUGUAUUCCCUAUUGAAUCUGACUCUUUUCGCAGCACACUGUAUAAAGUUUUCCACUCGUUGCUUUGGGGCGAUGAUUUUGAGAGACUAGGCAGUUCGGGAAUAAGCCAGUUGGGAGAUAUAGUCACAGUGGUCCUUUUAGAUGAAGGAAGCUCACAUUAUUCGAGAACUGGCAUUGAAGUACCUGAGCAAUUUUACCCACAAAUCUACACUGAGAGCUAUCAGCAACACAUCCAGAAUGAGAUUGAUGCUCAGGACUCGUUGAAAAUGAAGGACCACCAGCUUGCAAACGCCUCUGCUGAUCUCACAAGCUUCAAGGGAGCUAGAGUGGAAACAUUUCUGCAAACUGCAGUCAAGUACAUGCGUGAGUCAUCUUCGAAAGAGACGGAUCCCAACGUCAGUCAAGCGGUAGAUGACAUAAGCUCCAUUGUCAAGAAGAUCUUGUCGGACAAACAGGAUAUUAUGGAUGAACGGUCGAAGAUUCAGUCGAAGCUGCAGGAUUUUGAUAUUUUUGAGGUGAACAAAAUAAUGGAGUCUAUGCCCGAGAAGCCCUCCCCAUACUUGUUGGUUGGAACCAUCUUCAAGCAGAACGAUUACUCUUUCUUCAGGAAAACGGAAGCAACGGAGCCUGGAGAAUGGACAAACGUUCGUGUAACUCUUGAAGAUGGUAUCGACUUUGAAGUGUCAAAGACUGAUUUCGAGGAGGUCCAGAGUAACGUUUACUCUAGAACCAAACAUGGUUUUGAUGAUCCGAUAGUGUUGGUGUAUGUGAAGGCCUCUGGGAUGGACCAGGAUAUUUCAGCACUCAACAAAGGACUCAAGGAAUUCAUCAAUACCGACGACUACGCCUUGCAGAGGUCAUAUGAUAAUUUGGAUGGUUCCCAAUCUGACGUUGAGGAGGAUUCUGUUGAGGACGAUAGUGAGAAGCAGACACCACCAAGAGAUGCCCCAUUUUUGAUCUAA